AUGCCAGCGCUUUUGGUCGAUACGAAUGCACGGCCAGCCUCGUCCAGCGACGCCUCGGUCGCUUCUGCGCAUUCAGGAACCCGCUCCAAAUCUCCUACUCCAGACCGUCCGCCUGUGUCACCUCUCACGCCCACGGCCACUGUUGCCCAGCUAGCUCCCGUCGAGCGCACUGAACCCCGACCCCGCCCUGCCCCUCCACCUACGGCCACCUUCAGACCGCAACCCCCGGCUGUAGCCAUUUCUGAGAGCGACAAUCCAGAUGCCAUCGCCCUCCGUUCCGCCAUAUCCAUCCUGCAGCUGCAGCGCGAGAAGAGCAAGCGCGACCUGAAAGCCCUGGACGAGCUCAAGGCCGUCGCCGUAGCCAACCCCGAAGCUUUUGUGCGGUCGCUGCAAGAGCAACGUGCCCAGGCCUCGCAGUCGUACCAGGACGUCCUCACUCCAACACUAGCAGGUCUUACCGACCCAGUACGCACUGACGAUGAACGACCAAGCAGUGCUGAUGCGCGCAAGGACUCCACCCAGGAAGUAAAGCCAGAGCCGCCCAAGUUCCCCGCCAUCCCCCAGCCGCAAAACAUAGUGCGCUGCCCGCCCAUCAACUGGGACAAGUACCACGUUGUCGGAGAGUCACUGGACAAGAUGCAUGAAGAGCAAAAGAAAUGGCCUGGCUCGUCUGAGCCUCCGCGCACAAAAUCCGGCCAACGAGCGCCGCCGCACUCAGUAACGGCGCCUUACUCGCCAUUCACAGAUGGGAUAAGUGCGGGGUCGUCGUCAGCAACAACACAACCUCCAAAGCACCCGAAGAAGUCACCGUCUUGAAGGCCGGGUAGCACCGAGCUUGGGCGAUCCCAUGACUCUUUAUCAAUACACCGACAUCUACAACGAUUCACCCAACAACCCAACAGCACAUGCUCGCGUACAACCCAAGGCGCUUAUGAUAGACGAAGCCUCACGGAUAGAAGAUGAGGAACAUCGAUAGAUGCGAAUACAAACUGUUUAGAGAACCA